AUGGAAAACACCCAAUCCACCCCCGUUCUUGGAGCGCAGCGCAGCACCGCACCAUUCAAGCGUAGACUCAAUGUUCGCCAACCUCUGAGCUGUACUGUCUGCCGCCAAAGAAAAUCUAAAUGUAACCGACGUCUGCCUUGCUCGGCCUGCGAAAAGCGACAGAGUCCACAUUUAUGUGCCUACAGCCACAACUCCCAGUCCCAAGCCUCACGGGUGUCGUCUUCACGUAGGGAUGAUUUAAGCUCCCAGCUUGAAGGUCUGGAAGCCCUGGUCCAGCGACAUUUGGCUGCUGGAGCGCCGCGACCACGCCGUGACAAUGGCCCUUGCUCGCGGGCUGGACAGCCCUCAUCAAACCAAUCGCUCACCAUGUCCGAUAUUAAUACACAACCGGGUUCUACAGGAGCUUCUCACUUUUCACCUCUCGAGGGCAAUUCUCUUGCUGUGCCCGUUUCCGAUGACACCCCACAAUCAGGUCUAUGCGGGGCUUUAUACAGCUCGGAUGAUGGUUCAGUUGAGUACAAAGUUGACCGCCUGCAUUGGUCUGCUGGACUAUCGGUUCGAGAUGCACAACAUGUCUCCCAACAGCUAGUGUCUAAAUCGCCCGUGAACGGAUUCAACAAUGGUUUCCCGUUUUAUGCGGCUAUGCCCGCGUCUGUCGAUGCGUUGCGUGCAAUUAUUCCACCUAAGCAGCAACGUGACUAUCUUGUCUCGAGGUACUUCACUGCAAUUGCUCCUCUAUAUCAUGUUUUACAUGAACCGAAGUUCUGUGAGGAUUACAGCAAAUUUUGUCGUGACCCUCAAUCCGUCCCCUUAUCUUGGUUAGCCUUGUUGUAUGUUGUUCUAAGCCUAGGAACAUCUACAUUGGAGGAUGGCGUGGAGCUGCUGCGUCAUUUGGGUGUCGAAAAUGGCCGUUCCACAUCGGCAACCUUACUCGCAGCACAUUUCCAAGAUGCGGCGAUGAGCUGCCUCGCGGCUGAUCAAUUCAUGGUGCGACAUCGACUGAGUACAUUCCAAGCUUUGACAAUGCUUAUCUAUGCAAUGAACAAUAGAGAGGGCACUGGUUCCACAUGGGCCCUCCUAGGUCUUACUGUUCACAUAGGCACGGCCUUGGGGUGUCAUAUCGACGGCUCUAAACUCAAACUUGACUGUAUCGAGGCGGAGGAACGCAGGCGUGCGUGGGCAGCCCUACUCAUGCUCCACACCACUCAAGGGGUUGCUUUUGGUAAGCCUGAAAUCACUCCAAUGUAUAGGAAGCACAUAACCCUACCAGCGGAUACCAACGACAUGAACAUUCUUCACGAUCGAAUCGAGCCCUCACCAAAUCACCCAACACAAAUGACAUAUUUAAUUUAUAAGUUCCAACUCUACCAAACGAGCAGCAGUCUUAUUCAAUGUCUACUGGAUGGCCCUCAGAAGCCCUCAGAAGAGCUUGUCCUUUCAUUAGAAACUCGAAUCGAGGCUGAACGACGAAAGUGGGAUGGCCGCUUCGCACAUGACAAUGAAACCAGUCUCUUACAAGGUCACCAUCGCGUCCAGUACCAUCUGCUUCUUGCUUAUUCGCAUCAAUUGAUACUCUUGCUCUUUCGGCCCUUUUUAAACGAUAACUCUACGGGAAACUUCUCACAACGCGUGCAAUCCCGGUGCAUGACAUCUGCCACCGCUUUACUGGAAAUUCAUAGCCUUUUCUUUGAGGAUCCAGCGUUCAAGGACUUUAAGUGGUAUGGAAUGGGGCUAGGGUCUUUCCAUGCUUUCCAUGGCGCAGUUGUCCUGGCAGCCAUCUUGCUUAAAACAGGCGACAGCGAUCCCGCAUACCACAUGAAUCGGACUAUAUUAGAUGGCUCAAUACAAAGAUUCUCUUCUUUGGCAGAAAGAAGCAGUAUCUGCGCUAGGGCGAUUGCUGUUCUGCAAUAUCUUCGAUCGCUUUUACAGCUGGAUCAACAGAGCAUGCAGAAUAGUAGUCUUGACUUGGGUCUCCGGGGGUUUGAUGAUACGCACCCUGCAGAACCAAGGCCGGUGGACAUGAACGAUAUUUUGACCGUCCGGCUGGAACCUAACAAGUGGGCUAAUGCUUCUACUAUUGACUGGGAUGAAUGGGAGCAGUUGAUACAACCUGGAUUUUCUUAA